AUGCGCGAGGCAAUCGCUCCUGCACCACCUUCCACGCACCCGGCGCUGCGCCACUGCGUCGCGCUCCUCCGCCUCCACCUGCAGUCUCCCUCCGUCUCUGCCGCCAAGCAGAUCCACGCGCGCGCGCUCCGUGCGGCUGGCGUGCCCCUCUCCCACCCUCUCCUCGCCAAGCACCUCCUCUUCCACCUAGCUUCUCUCCGCGCCGGCGCUCCCCCGCUCCUCUACGCCGUUGCCGUCCUCUCCCGCCUCCUCCCCGACCCGGACCCUUUCUCCCUCAACACCGUCCUCCGCAUCGCCGCGUCCUCGGCGCGCCCACGCCUCGCGCUCGCGCUCCACCGCCGCCGCCUCGCGCCGCCCGACACGCACACCUACCCGCCGCUCCUCCAGGCCUGCACACGCCUCCUUGCCCUUCGCGAAGGCGAAAGCCUCCACGCCGAGGCCGCCAAGAACGGCCUGGUGGCGCUCGUCUUCGUCAAGAACUCGCUCGUCCACCACUAUGGCGCGUGCGGCCUCUUUGAGAGCGCCCACAGGGUGUUCGACGAAAUACCGGUGCUGGAGCGGAACCUCGUCUCAUGGAACUCCGUCAUGAACGGGUUCGCGGCCAAUGGGAGGCCCAACGAGGUACUGACAAUCUUCCGGGAGACGUUCGAGGUGGACCUCAUGCCGGAUGGAUUCACCAUUGUGAGUGUUUUGAAUGCGUGUGCGGAGAUCGGGGCGUUUGCUCUCGGGAGGAGGGUGCAUGUGUUCACGUCGAAGGUUGGGUUAGUAGGGAACAGACAUGUUGGGAACGCGCUGAUUGACCUGUAUGCCAAGUGCGGCGGAGUUGAGGAUGCAAGGAAGGUGUUUGAGGAGAUGGGGGUGGGAAGGACCGUCGUCUCAUGGACGUCACUGAUCGUGGGUUUGGCAGGGAAUGGGUUUGGGAAGGAUGCACUCGAGCUGUUUGGUCUGAUGGAGGGGGAGAAGCUUAUCCCUACUGAUAUCACUAUGGUGGGAGUGCUGUAUGCUUGUAGCCACUGCGGGUGGGUCGACGAUGGGUUUCGAUAUUUCAAUGAGAUGAAGGACAAGUACGGCAUAGCACCAAAGAUUGAACAUCUUGGAUGUAUGGUGGAUCUGCUGGGGAGAGCUGGAAGAGUUGAGGAAGCACACAAUUAUAUCAGCACGAUGCCACUGGAGCCCAAUGCUGUUGUGUGGCGGACAUUGCUAGGUGCUUGUGCUAUGCACAAGAAGCUGGAACUUGGGGAGGCUGCUUGGGCCCGGCUGGUUGAGCUUGACCCUGGGCACAGCGGCGACUAUGUCCUCCUCUCAAAUCUGUAUGCUGCUGUUGGGAGGUGGGCAGAUGUCCAUGUCCUUAGGAAGACAAUGGUCACGCGUGGAGUGAGGAAAAACCCAGGGCAUAGCCUUGUGGAGCUCCGCAACUCGGUCUAUGAGUUUGUUAUGGGCGAUAGAUCACAUCCUGAGAGUGAUCAGAUAUACCAAAUGCUUGCCGAGAUAGCAGAGAGAUUGAGGCGCCAAGGUUACGACCCCCGCACAAGCAAUGUAUUGGCAGAUAUAGAGGAGGAAGAGAAAGAGGCUGCAUUAAACUACCAUAGCGAGAGGCUGGCCAUUGCCUUUGCCUUGCUGAAGUGUCUUCCUGGUACUCCUAUCAGGAUAGUGAAGAACUUGAGGGUGUGUGGAGACUGCCAUUUGGUAAUUAAGCUAAUAUCUAAGGUAUAUGACCAUGAAAUCAUUGUUAGGGAUCGCAGUAGGUUCCACCAUUUCAAAGGUGGAGAAUGCUCAUGUAAAGAUUAUUGGUAG